AUGACAAAUGGCAAUAGUUGUCCCCAGCGCCAACAAGGACUUGAAUCCAUUAUGCAUGUAUUAAGAGACUUCGAAGAUAUAAUGAAAUUUUGGUCCUCAAUUAUCAAACCUGAUAAUUGGGAAAAAUUCUUUAGCAUGGAUCUCAUGUCUUGGCUUGAAUGGUACCUUGAUAAUGGAGAUAUUGAAAAUACACUUGGAGUUGGAUGGGAGCUCCCUCCUAUAGAUACUCUUAAGUUUAAUGUAGAUGUAGCGCAAAGCAAAAGGAAUGACUUCUCAGCGUGUGGCAAAUUGCUUAGAGACUCUAAUGGUGGUCUUAUUCAAGGUUUUUAUUGCAACAUUGGCCGCAAUAAUGCUCAGGGUGCUGAGAUGUGGAGUUUAGUUCAUGGUAUGCGUAUUGCUCGUCAUCUUAACCGUGUCAUUUUUAAAACAGACUCUACCUUUGUUGCAGAUGUUGUUCUCAAUCGUAUUUUACCACCACAUCUUAUCUCGAACCUCUCCUAG